GUGGCCACAAUUUGGUAGUCGAAAUCAGAAUCAACUCGUUCGCUGAGCAUUCAACAACUCUUCCUUCUACUCCUUCAACCUCCUUCUCAAACACUCAACAAUAUCAACAUGAAGUUCGCCGUUGCCGUAGUCAUGUUCGUGUGCGCCGUUGCCGGUGCUCAGGCGUCGUGGGCUGCCAUUGCUCCCGGUGUUUCCUAUGUGAACUCCGUUGCCCAUGGCCCAGCUGGUCUGUGGAACGGUGCCUGGAAUGGUGCCUGGAACGGUGCCUGGAAUGGCGCCUGGAACAACGGCUGGGCUGCACCUGCUGCCGUUGCCGUUCACGCUAGCGCUCCCUGGGGUCUGACCGCUCCCGGCUGGCACGGUGGUGUUCCCGGCAUUGCCCUCGCUCAGGGUCCCGGUGCCGCCGCCCUUGGCCCCCAUGGCCAUGAGGGUGUCUACGUUGCCAAGACCCGUGGUGCCAUCCACACCGCUCCCCUUGCCGGUCACAUCAACUCGGCCACUUCCGUGAACGUGGCCCCAGCUCCCGGUACUCUGUAAAUUUGAACUACCAAAACUGCCGAACUACCGAUAUGCCAAAAUGGAUGUGGGGAGCAGGACGAUGAUGGCGACAUCGAGGGAGCAGCGAACACAACUGGCGCACCAAUUUGUUGUUUGUCUCUGGCUGUCUAUCUAUCUAUCCAUCCUACUUCUCUAUGUCCACGACUUUCAACGACUCUACUUGGAUACUCUAUCACCACCACCCAUCACCACAACAACAACCACCCCAAAACAUUAUUGUUAAGAACACACCGAUCUUAGUCCCGUUAUGAACCAAGGAGUAUCGCUUUGGCGAUACAUCCAUCUCGUUCGCACACACACAAAACACACUCACUCACGCGCACAUUUGAGUUAGUUCUGUGUUCAGCAAAUAAGUCCAACAACAACAUCAACAACAACAAUUACAACAACUACAACCAACAAAUAACAGCAUGUUAAUUUCUUAUUACUUGAGAACUUUCAAAUCACCACCAGCUUUUCCGCCUUUCCUUCUACAUCUAUCGAUCUGUCUGUCUACUAUAUUCUUCUCCUUCCAUCUAGCUAUCUCUCUUUGCAACAAUAUACUUUCAAUCUAUCACCAAACUCUUCUUCUAUCUAUCUCUCUUCCACUUCUGAGUGCAGCACUUAAGCUGUGUGCACUAUAGAUGGUGUAUAUAUACACAUAUGUACAUAAUACAUAUACAUACAUAUACAAACCUUACUCUAGUAAUUCGCAACAAUUGUAAAAUUGACAAAAAAUGUUUUAAAUAAACUCGUUUUUAUUUACUCGAA